GAUGGCUCGAAAAAUGUCUUCUUUUCGCCUCUCAGUGUCUACAUCGCUCUUGGAAUGCUCAAAGCUGGUGCCAAAUCAACGACAAAUCUCGAGAUGGAAAAGGCAAUGAACUGGCAAAAACUAGUGGAAGGUUAUGGAUCAAAUAAUGGCCAUGAAGCGAUCGAGCGCCUCCUGUCUGAUGUGUUUGCCCCUCUCGAAAAAAACAACACCCUUAGUGUAGCUAACAAGCUUUGGUUGCAGAAAUACUUUUGCCCAACUCAAUGUGACAAUUUCAUCAACAUUUUAAAGAAAAGUUACAAAGCUGACAUGGAAGAGCUUAAUUUUGCCAUCCACGCCGAGAAAUCGAGAGAAGAAAUCAAUAAAUGGGUAGCGGAAAAGACAAACCAGAAGAUCAAGGAUUUACUGCCUAAAGGCACUGUGAAUGCACUUACGAGGUUUGUUCUGACCAACGCAAUCUAUUUCAAAAGCAACUGGAUGCACGCGUUUGACGAAAAGAGCACUUCACAGCGAAGUUUCUCCACAUACGUAGGAGACGAGGGAGAAAUCCAAAAAACGGUUUCAACAAUGUAUCAGACUGAACAAUUUAGGUUUUCUGGAUUCUUGCCAGCAUCAAGGUAUGAGGUUUUGGAGAUGCCAUACGAAGGGGAGAAAAUAUCCAUGGUUGUGGUGGUGCCAAAAACCCGCGAGGAUUUCAACAACAUGGAAAAAACAAUCUCAUCUAUUGAUCUGAACAGAAUGUUGAAAGAAUUAUACGAAUUCCCCCCGUCGAAGCUCGAUGUCCAAAUGCCGAAAUUUAAAGUUAACACAAAAUUGGAUUUGAAGGGACUUCUUUACAAGAUGGGAAUGCGUGACGUUUUCAACCCCAGGACCGCUGAUUUGUCAGGGAUAACGGGUUACAGAGGCAUGUAUGUAUCCAACGCCAUCCACAAGGCCUAUGUAAAUGUUGACGAAAAAGGCACGGAAGCAGCAGCUGCAACCGGAAUUACAAUCGAGCUUGCCAGUUUACCGUUCCAGUUUCUGGUGAACCGGCCGUUCAUAUACAUGAUCCGCCACGUGGAGACGAACACGAUCCUGUUCAUGGGACGUGUUAUGGACCCUACAGCAGAGUAAAUAAUCGCGGACACUAAAGAACUUACUUUGCAUUUAGUUCUUCAAUCACACGAUUAUAAACGUAGCCGUUUUCAAUUUUGUAUUUUUUUAAUAUACAUUGAAUUGUUUGCCUGAA